AUGAAAUCUGCUUCUAAAUCAGCGUCGAUGAUCAUCACAAUGUUCACGUAGCAGAAUUAGGAAAUGCAACUUGCCUAAGCCAAAAAGGAAUUUGAUGAGAUGGCUAAGGAGAUAGCAGACCGAAGAAAGAAAUUACUGUUCUAACUUGAGAAGGGCAAAAAAAAGGAAGUAGAAAAAGUUGAUGCUUCAAAAGCAGAAAAAUUCAAAACAAUGGUAGUGUUUUAACUAACAAAAUAGGACGAGCACAGAAUUCCGUUAGAGGAACUUGAAUAGAGGUUUCAAACAAGUGCAAAGACAGGCCUAACGAGGGAAGUGGCGGAUCAAAAACUAGUGGAGCAUGGAAAAAAUUAAUUGAGUUAAAAAGAGAAAGAGCCUUGGUAUAUGAAGUUAAUUCAUGAGUUGACAUCAAUGUUUGCUUGGUUAUUAUGGGCUGGAGCAGCAUUAUGCUUUCUGGCUUAUGGUCUAGCACCAGAAGAUCCUUCUAACCUGUAUUUGGGUAUUGUAAUUAUGGUUGUUAAUACAUUAACAGGAAUUAUCACAUUUUUUUAAAAUGCAAAAUCUGAGGCAAUCAUGGAUGCCUUCAAAAACUUCAUUCCUCCUGAAACUUUAGUUAUCAGAGAUGGACAACAAUAAAAAUUUCCAGCAUCCAAUUUAGUGCCAGGUGACGUUGUAGUAAUUGAAAAUGGUAAGAGAAUUCCAGCAGACAUCAGAAUAUUGGAGAGUAACGAAAUGAAGGUGGAUAACUCAAGUCUUACAGGGGAGUCGCUAUUAUUAUUAAGAUCUCCUGAGUGUACUAAUCAGACUAACCCUUUGGAAACUAAAAAUUUGGCAUUUUUUGGUACUCUUUGUAAAGAAGGUAAUGGCAAGGGAAUAGUUAUAUUUACAGGGGAUAAUACGGUUAUUGGAUAAAUUGCAGGAUUAGUUGAAAGUUCUGGAGGAGAUGAUACAACUCUAAGACGGGAACUCAAUGUGUUUAUUAAAUAUAUAGCUGUAAUUGCUAUUUCAAUAGGUGUAAUAUUUUUUGUAUUGGGCUUCAUUAUUGGAUAUCCUGCUAUUACAAAUCUUGUAUUUGCCAUAGGUAUUAUUGUCGCAAAUGUGCCUGAAGGCCUUCUAGCAACAGUCACAGUAGCUUUAACUUUAACAGCAAAGAAAUUAGCAUACAAAAAAGUGUUGGUAAAGAAUUUGGAGGGAGUUGAAACUCUAGGAUCUACGUAAGAUUUAUUCUCUAUAUCAAGAUCAUGUAUUUGUUCAGAUAAAACUGGUACUUUGACUUAAAAUAAGAUGACUGUUGAAAAUUUGUGGUUUAAUAAUAAGAAAUACAAGGGGUUGAAUAGAGAGAAGAUGGGACCUAAAUUUAAUUAUGAAUACGAUAUCAAUGAGGUAGGAUUCAGAACAUUGCAUGAAACUGCAAUUCUAUGUUCUGAGGCUACUUUUGAUUCUGCACUUCCAUAAGAGCAACAAAUUAGGAUUUAAAAUACUAUAGGUUUAAAUCAAUAGCAAAAGGAUUAGAAAUUGAAGGAAGCAUAAGAAAAAUGGAAUCAAAACUUCUAGAAAAUGAGUUGUCAAGAAAAGCCUACAAUUGGAGAUGCUUCUGAAACGGCCUUAAUUAAAUUCUUUUAGCCAAUAAAUGACAUCAUUUAAACUAGACAAAGCAGAUAAGUUGCAAGAGAUAAAGAGAAUAAAAUGGCCAAAAUGCCAUUUAAUUCAACUAAUAAAUAUGCAUUUAUCAUAGUUGAGUAUGAAACUGCAGAUUCCCAUUAUUGUCUAUUAACUAAAGGUGCUCCUGAAAGAAUUUGGGGACUAUGUGACUCAGCAUAUAGUAAUGGAAGAGUAGAAUUAAAAGAUGAAAAAUGGGAAUAAUCAUUCCUUUCGAUAAAUGAAUAAUUUGGAAGACAAGGAGAAAGAGUGCUUGGAUUUGCUAAAUUUCAUUUACCAAAAGAUUAAUUUCCAAUUGGCUAUUAAUUUAAUCUUGAUAAAAUGAACUUUCCAUUUAACAAAUAAGUCUUUGUUGGUUUGAUAUCUUUGAUUGAUCCUCCUAAGGAUAAUGUACCUUAUGCUGUUAUUAAAUGUAAGACAGCCGGCAUCCAAGUCAUUAUGGUAACUGGUGAUUAACCAGUUACUGCUGCUGCUAUUGCAAGAUAAUGUAAUAUUAUUACUGAAAAAACUGUUGAUGAAGUGAUGUAAGAAAAAGGCAUCUCUUUUGAAGAAGCAUUCCAUCAAUCAAAUGCAUUAGUGAUCCAUGGAGAUAAAUUAACUAAAAUGGCAAUUGAUGAUGAAGGCUUGCCUGAAGAAGAUAAAGGGAGACAACUAUAAGAAUGGCUAAGUAAACCGCAAUUAGUAUUCGCAAGAACAAGUCCAGCAUAAAAGUUAAUUAUCGUUGCUGGUUGUUAAAGAAGAGGACAUAUUGUAGCUGUUACAGGAGACGGAGUCAAUGAUAGUCCAGCAAUUAAGAAGGCUGAUAUAGGAAUUGCUAUGGGAAUUACUGGUUCCGAUGUUGCAAAAGAUGCUGCUGAUAUGAUUCUGUUGAAUGACGAUUUCUCGAGCAUUGUUGUUGGAAUUGAAGAAGGAAGAAAGAUCUUUGACAAUUUAAAGAAGAGUAUUGCCUAUUGUUUGACUUCUAAUAUUUCAGAGUUACUUCCAUUUUUAGGAUUUGUUGUAUUUAGAAUUCCUCUACCUUUGACCACUGUGUUGAUCUUAUGCAUUGAUAUUGGAACUGACAUCUUUCCUUGCACUACUUAUGUUUUUGAAGAUGCAGACAUAGAUAUCAUGACAAGAAGACCUCGAUCUCAAGAUGAGCAUCUUGUGAGUGGAAAAUUGUUGGUUUAUGCAUAUUUGUAGAAUGGAGUCCUAUCAACUUAUUGUGGAUAUUUCUAAUGGUUUGUAACAUUGUAUGAUUUUGGAUUUUAUCCAUCAGACCUGCUCUUUAUAGGAGUAAGAGAAACUAUUUUGCCAAAGGUUGGUGAUGUGUAUGAUCCAAAUGACCCUUGGUUCGGAAAUUCUAACUUAAAAAGAAUUUAUGAGAAUGGAAAAUGCGAUUUUGACUUCCCCUCCAGUGAAGUUGAAGAAAUCGAUUGGAUCUAUGCUAAUCAUGCCAAAUUGGAUCUAAGGAUGGCUUACAUUGAAUGCAAAGAUGGAGAGUUAAAAGAAGUCUUUGAAUGGGCUCCUUGCAGCGUUAAUUUAGUUUCCCCCUACACUAAGAAACCCUAUUGUUAUUCAACUGAGGCUUCAAAUUAUGCUUAAACUUCAUUUUUCUAUGGUAUUGUUGUAGGCCAGAUAUGCAAUUAUUAAGGUUUGAGAUCCUUAAAAAAUGCAGGAACCUUUUAAGGUUUCUCCAACUACUAUAUGUUUUUUGGAUUUUGGGUGGAAUUCAUGUUGACCGUUGCACUUUCCUAUAUUGAAGUUUUCAAUACUGUAUUUGGAACCAGAGAUCUGUUAUUCAUCCAUUAUGGAGUAUGUGCUCUGCCAUUUGCAUUGAUUAUGUUAAUAUGGGCUGAAGGAAGAAAAUGGAUGAUUCGAGCUUCAAAAUCAAAUACUAAUUAUCCAAGUUGGUGGGAAAGAUGUGUAGUAUUUUGAUUUAUUAUUAUUAAUCAAAAAUAAUUAUAAUUAUAAU